AUGAAUGCUGUCUUGUGUGGUGGACCUUGGAUUUUGGCUGGCCAAACUCUGAUUGUGAGAAAAUGGAAUCCUGAUUUUGAUCCUAUGAAUGAAGUAAUUGGGAAAAUGGCUCUAUGGGUCAGGAUUUGUGGUUUGCCAGUCAAGUACUUUAAGGAUUACACUGUUGCUAAGAUUGGCAAAAUCUUGGGGGAUGUGGUUAAGGUUGAUCAGGUCACCAUUGGCCAGGCUAGAGGUAAAUUUGUGCGGGGUAUUGAAGUUGACUUGAGUAAACCUUUGCGUCCUUAUGUUGAAGUUGAAUCUGUGGCGUAUAAUGUUAUCUAUGAAGGAAUUUCCUUGAUUUGCUUCGAGUGUGGAUGCUUUGGCCACUCUAAAGACAAAUGCCCUACUGUGUUUGAUGUGUCUCCUGCUCCUCCACAUGGUGAUGGUCCUAACUGUGGUAACAAUGAUCAGACCUUGGCUCCUACUGAGAAUUGUGUCAUGCAGCAUGAGAUGAAUACUCCUCAAUCUUCUUCUUCUGUGAUUAAAGAAGAUAUGGGCCCUUGGAUGCUUAUGAAUUACAGAAACAAAAAGAAAAAUGAUACUAGUGGAGCAAAGAAAAGUGUGAGUAAAGGUUCUAGAUACAAAAACUCCUGA